AUGAUCUUUCCAUUAGUAUUUUAUCGUUUGAAAGAAGUAACAGGUGAAAUUGACCAACUUCCAUAUCUAUCUGGUAAGAUGAUCAAAGAAUUCGCCAAAUCCCACGAAAAUACAGUAAUGUUGUUUUCGGACCGAACAAGGCCGCUCCAUUUCGUUAAGUUCGCAUUAGAAUUCUACAAGAGUAAUGUCACGUUUGCGCGUGCAUCAGAAAGAGACGGAAAAGGCUACAAAUGCACUUCAUUUCCUUGCAUUUUUGCUUUCAAGAAUGGUCGCAGAAUCAUUGAUUCAGAACCAGUCCCAUCACAAGCUAUUAAUUUCACUCGCUGGGUGAAAUAUAUCUUUGAAAACAACGAUCAUUCAAUAGAACACCCAGAAGUAUUGCGUAGACUACUUGCAUCCAAACAAACAUGUGUUAUUUCCAUAGGUAAUUAUCCACGUCCAAAGUUUAUGAACAAAGACAUGCAUUUCUACCAAGUAAAUCCUUCAGUUUUCAAAUUAUUGAACAUGGAAGUUAAAGAAGGAUUAUAUUCAUAUACGGCAUUAGCCCGAAUAUUGCAUGAAAUCAAAGAUUCCAAUCACGAUUUCAACACUUACGUUCAGAAUUUCGAUGAAAAAGAAUAUUUUUCAAAGAAAUAUUUCGGAGGGUUCGUUUUACAGACCACGGACAAUCCCAAGUGCCAAUUAGAAUUCGAUAUCAUGAAUAAACUUGGCAAAAAAUACGAAAAAGAAAUUUCAUUUGCUCCAAUCUACGGAAAAGUAGCAUUUUCAUUCCUCGAGAAUGCUAAGAUACAUCUGUUCGACACCCCAAUGUUCGUUGUUUUCGAAACAGAUGGAAUUUUCUCCAAUAGAUACACCAUUAUUAACCAAACCUUGAUGCACGACUACAACUACAUCGACCAAUUUGUUGGAGACAUAGUUUCCGGUAAGAAGAACUACACGGUUCACUCCGAAAUCCUUGAACCAACUAAAAAUAAGUAUUUGAAACCGAUUUCUUACGAAUCGUUCUGGCCAACUUUGAACAUGUCCAUAGCCGAUACCGUUGUAUACUUCUACAGUGGCCAAUGCGAAGGUUGUUUGAAGAUGAGACUUGUUAUUAACAGAACCGCUUCACUUCUCCGCGAAAACAACAUUAAGUUCUACACAUAUAACUUAAGUCUCAACGAAAUGCCUUCGAAUUUGGAGUUGGGAAGGACAAUUCCACAAACUUAUUUAUUCAGACAUAAUAAGUUACAAAAACCAUUACUUUAUGAUGGUCUGGAGAUAGUUGGUGAACUUAUAGCAUUCCUGAAAGAACAAGGAACUGAAAGAUUGGAUGUUCCUUCUUAUUCUGAAAAAAAGAUUAGAAAAGAGAUUGCUGACGAAUAUAGUUUAUUGAGCGAACCAGUGGAACUCCAUAAAAGAGUGGUUUCUGCUGACCUUUAG